CGAAUACUGUCCAGUCCCAGGUGUACAGGAGCUGCGUGUGGUUUGUCCUAGUUCCUGUACAGUGUGACUGUACGUCGGAUUGUGUGCGAGCAUGUGCGAGCAACGUUGCGACAAACACUGACCCAUUUCAAUAUGCUGUAGCCUAAUAUUUGCAAGCCCGGAUAAGUUUGAUCUUUUUCGAGAGAGUAUAGGAUCUGUUAAUCUUGUAAUGCAAGCGGAUUUAAUUAUAAUCCAAGAACGCCAGAAUUCAGUUUAGCACCUUUAGUUGCCAAUUUCAAUAAGACACGUCACCCAAAAUCAAAGUUUACCACAGGCAAGAUCUUGCAUGAGAUUUGCUGCGCUAAGUGAGUUCGUGCGCAACGUCGCCACUACUUCACCAGUGUGAUCUUGUCGAACGUUCGCAGGCAGACUUCUCUUAAGUGCGCUCGUGUGUGUUGCGCGUCGGACACAUGUCCCAGUUUUGGCACUGAAGCGAGUGUGUAGGAACCCAGCGCGUCCUCCUCUCUCUCCUCUAACCUCAUCACAGCGAGACGGCACGAUUCCGCAGGAUGCUUCACCAUAUGCUUAUCUUAUCCACUGAGGUUGGGGUUUGGAAGUAAGCGAUCCAUCGGGCGCAGAGCGAGUUCUGGAUUUGGACGCUUCGCUGGCACGCCUUUGCGGGUGAUGGUGAAGCGCGUCUUGCGCGCUGACGCUCGUUUCCUCGAACUUUCCUCGGGACGUUUGGCGAAGGGAAAUGUGAAGAAGGCUUAAAGAAUGGCAUGUAAACAUGGUUUCUGCCAAGAAGGAGAUGGUGACUGCGAUGUACCCCACUUCUAUUCCCACUCUCCUCUACUUUCUGUGUGUGGCGGCUUGCAUAAAGAGAAUAUCUGGACAGAUCAGAAAGGAUGAGAAAUUAUACCCGGAAAAUUUCACACGCAUUCUGGACCGACUUCUGGACAGAUACGACAACAGGCUCCGACCUGGAUUUGGGGGUCCAGUGACGGAAGUGAAGACAGAUAUUUAUGUCACAAGUUUCGGCCCAGUUUCUGAUGUGGAGAUGGAGUACACCAUGGACGUGUUUUUCCGCCAGACAUGGGUGGAUAGGCGGUUGAAGUAUGAUGGCCCGGUCGAGAUCCUCCGGCUAAAUAACCUGAUGGUGACCAAAGUUUGGACCCCAGACACUUUCUUCAGGAACGGCAAAAGAUCUGUGGCUCACAACAUGACGGCACCCAACAGACUCUUCCGAAUCAUGAAGAACGGCACCAUCCUGUACACUAUGAGGUUGACAAUAAUUGCAGAAUGUCCAAUGAGGCUCGUUGAUUUCCCGAUGGAUGGCCACUCCUGCCCUCUGAAGUUUGGCAGCUAUGCCUACCCAAAGACUGAGAUGAUCUACACCUGGACCAAAGGCCCGCAGCAUUCUGUGGAGGUCCCACCUGAGUCGUCCAGCCUGGUACAGUACGACCUGAUCGGACAGACUGUGUCAAGCGAGACUGUAAAAUCUAUCACAGGUGAAUAUGUGGUAAUGACGGUCUACUUCCAUUUGAAACGGAAAAUGGGCUACUUCAUGAUUCAGACAUACAUCCCCUGCAUCAUGACUGUAAUCCUUUCUCAAGUGUCUUUCUGGAUAAAUAAGGAAUCCGUGCCCGCCAGAACUGUCUUUGGUAUCACCACUGUUCUCACAAUGACGACCCUCAGCAUCAGCGCUCGGCACUCUCUGCCCAAGGUCUCAUAUGCCACUGCCAUGGAUUGGUUCAUCGCUGUGUGUUUCGCUUUCGUUUUCUCUGCUCUCAUCGAGUUUGCAGCUGUGAACUACCUCACCAACGUUCAGGCAGAGAGAGCCAAGAGAAAACAGGCCGCAGCCGCCGCCAAGAGCUCCACACGGUCAGGCAAAGCUAAAGACACAGAGGAGGUUCUACAGCAAAACUCAGAUACUAAUGGCAACCUGCGGAAACGUGUCACCUCCAAUGUUCAGUCUCAACCAGACUCUAAGAAGACCCAAAGAACCGAAAAGUCUAGCAAGAGCGGAGCAGCCACAUCCAAACCGACCUUGACCAGCCAAUCAUCCUUCACCUCAGAGGGCACCAGCAGUUUUUCAAGCCAAUCACGUCUCAGCCCCAGUUCUGCCAGCCAAUCAAAUGCAGCCACUUCAUCCUCUGCGUCCAAGACAACACUGCCUGCCCCGCCCUCUACGCCAACAGUUCCAGAGAAACCAUCGCCCGCUGCAACUCCGGGCACCGCACCUCUUCAUCAUCUCCUGGGGCCUAAAUUAGAGAAUAUUAAAAAGAAAGAAACCAAGCCUGCACCUCAACCUGCCACUCCUCCAGCCGGAGGAGCCAGCAAGAUCGAUGAAUAUGCACGUAUUUUAUUCCCAGUGUCCUUUGGGGCAUUCAACAUGGUGUACUGGGUGGUUUACUUAUCCAAAGACACCAUGGAGGCAAAAGGAGGCUAACGAGAACAGGCUUGGAUGUUUGUACCUUUUUUUCUACAACUCAGAUGAAUAAAGAGCCAUCUUAAGGAUUACAUUAACAAGCAAUUCCAAGAAACUUAAUUAUAUGAUUGCAGACAAAACUGCACAAGCGCACAGAAGAGAUUAUCUGGGUGAAACAAUAUUACAACUUUUGUUUUUCUUUUUUUCUUCUUCUUUUUU